GCGUUACAAUGAAAUUCUGAAUCUUAAGUAUGGCUUCUUUCUCCUGCAGGUUGGAAAAGAGACUGUGCAGACAACAGAAGACCAGAUCUUGAAAAGGGAUAUGCCACCAGCGUUUAUCAAAGUGGAGAAUGCCUGCACCAAACUUGUUCGGGCAGCCCAGAUGCUGCAAGCAGAUCCUUAUUCAGUACCAGCUCGUGACUAUCUAAUUGAUGGAUCAAGAGGCAUCCUUUCUGGAACGUCAGACUUACUUCUGACAUUUGAUGAAGCAGAGGUCCGUAAAAUCAUCCGUGUCUGCAAAGGAAUAUUGGAAUACCUGACUGUGGCAGAAGUAGUAGAGACUAUGGAAGAUUUGGUGACAUACACAAAGAAUCUAGGGCCAGGAAUGACAAAGAUGGCCAAAAUGAUUGAUGAGAGACAACAGGAAUUAACUCAUCAGGAACAUCGGGUUAUGCUGGUAAACUCCAUGAAUACUGUGAAGGAGCUACUACCAGUUCUUAUUUCAGCUAUGAAGAUUUUUGUAACCACGAAAAAUUCUAAAAGCCAGGGAAUAGAAGAGGCAUUGAAAAAUCGCAAUUUCACAGUAGAGAAAAUGAGUGCUGAGAUAAAUGAAAUCAUCCGUGUAUUACAACUCACUUCCUGGGAUGAAGAUGCCUGGGCAAGCAAGGACACCGAAGCCAUGAAAAGAGCUUUAGCUUUAAUAGAUUCAAAGAUGAACCAGGCAAAAGGUUGGCUGAGAGAUCCAAAUGCACCUCCAGGGGAUGCUGGUGAGCAAGCAAUAAGGCAGAUUCUUGAUGAAGCUGGAAAAGCAGGAGAACUGUGUGCAGGCAAAGAACGCAGAGAAAUUCUGGGAACAUGCAAAACACUGGGCCAGAUGACUGAUCAACUGGCUGACCUCCGAGCUAGAGGACAGGGGGCUACACCCAUGGCGAUGCAGAAAGCACAGCAAGUGUCACAAGGUCUGGAUUUGCUCACUGCAAAAGUGGAGAAUGCAGCCCGCAAAUUGGAGGCCAUGACAAACUCCAAGCAGGCAAUUGCUAAGAAGAUUGAUGCUGCUCAG